GGUUAACUCGAGUCUUAUUGGUGUUUUCACUUUGCUGUCUCUACGCUGUCAGUGUAUCAAUGUCUGGUGUAUUUAAAGCAAUGUCAAAGUUUCGCCUUGCUGUGGUGCAGUUACAUGUGUCAAAGAUCAAGGCUGACAAUUUAAGAAAAGCACAAAAACUUGUGAAAGAGGCCGCAGUGCAAGGUGCAAAAGUAGUAGUCCUACCUGAGUGCUUUAACUCCCCAUAUGGAACCGGCUUCUUUGCAGAGUAUGCCGAGAAGAUCCCAGGAGAAUCCACACAGAUGUUGUCAGAGGCAGCAAAAGAGUGUGGGAUCUAUUUAGUGGGUGGUUCCAUACCAGAGGAGGAUGGGGGGAAGCUCUAUAACACCUGUUCGGUUUUUGGUCCUGAUGGAAAGCUGCUUGUAAAACACAGAAAGAUUCAUCUCUUCGAUAUUGACCUACCUGGAAAAAUACGUUUUCAGGAAUCUGAAACACUAAGUCCAGGAAACAGUUUGUCCAUGUUUGAGACCCCAUUUUGUAAAGUAGGUGUGGGGAUUUGUUACGACAUUCGCUUUUCAGAGCUUGCACAGAUCUACGCCAAGAAAGGUUGUCAGCUCUUGCUAUAUCCUGGUGCCUUCAAUAUGACCACAGGACCGGCUCACUGGGAGCUGCUCCAGAGAGGGAGGGCAGUAGAUAAUCAGGUUUAUGUGGCCACUGCUUCACCAGCAAGAGAUGAGACUGCCAGCUAUGUGGCCUGGGGUCACAGCUCUGUGGUUAACCCUUGGGGUGAGGUUAUUACGAAAGCCGGAACAGAGGAGGCUGUUGUGUAUGCUGACAUAGACCUGCAGUACUUGGCUGAUGUGCGUCAGCAAAUCCCGAUCACCAUGCAGAGACGUAAUGAUAUAUAUAGUGUAAAUGCUGUUCAGGAAGGCUGACGUGCAGGGGUGAGGUAAACACACAAAAGCUGGGUUACAAAAGGUUGUUGCGUAUGCUGAUGUAGGUAAGUUUUGUGCCAGGUGCAUUUAGAGUAAACUAAUCAUCUAUGUCUGCUCUGCGUAAAUCUCUAAUUCAGUUCUUGAUAGCACACUCAUGUUGUUUACAAUCUUUGUUGCCUAAAAUUACAAUUUAAACCAAUUGAACUGUUCAGAUUGGUUCACAAUAUGCUGAACAGAGCAUGUUUAGUGUCUUCAUGUGAUUUAAUGUUUUACUGUAUAUCCAAGUACACUUUAUGUAUGUACGCACAACAUAUAUAAACCAUAAACAGAAAAGCCAUGCAGAAAGUUUUAGCUUCAGACAGUCUAUAUGAUUUGUUAGUUAGCAAUUACAUUGCCAUAAAUGUGGAGGUUGCCACAAAACAAGGAUAUUUUCAUUGCUUGGAGGAACAAAUGCCUUAUAAGCGGUUCAAAUUGAAAUAAAUUAUAUUUACAUUGCAAUUUUGUGUUUACUGUACAUGUUAUACUGUACUGUACACAUGGAAACUCUAAAAACAGUCAAAAACAUACAUAUAAGCUUAUAAAAAUCUUUUAGAUUAAAACGUAGUGCUAAAAAUAUCCUGCUAUAAUGAGCAUAAAAGAUAUAUUUUUUAGCAAUCUAUAACAACACUCUUAAAGGGAUAGUUCACCCAAAAAUGAAUAUUCUGUCAUCAUUUACUCACCCUCAAGUUGUUUCAAAUCUGUAUACAUUGCUGUGCUCUGCUAAAUGUAUUUGUUUUUCUUUGUUCUU